AAAAAACACUAGCCAUAAAAACAAUUUUCUACAGCAGCUGUUAAAAGGGAUUAAUGAAUAUUACAGUUGUUAUCUAAAGAACAAUCAUGAAUUUUCUCAUUUCAAAAAUCAAGCUUUUGUUUCAGGUGACAAGACAGUGACUGAAUCCAUUCCAAGUUCUAUUGUGGCGUCUACUAAUAAACAUACACUUAAAAACACGUUGGUGCGUCUUUUGUUGGACUGCCUUUAGCGUUUGAUUAUGACAUGCAUUCACUGUGGUGUCGCUUUGAUAAGCUUAUGCAAUGUUAUUCAUUUCCCUCCAGAGAUGCAUACAUAUUUUGCCAAGAUCUUGUAUUGAUGAAGGGAGAGUCGGGCCGCUGCCUGAAGUCACAAGUUACAUCCUAAAGAUUCUCGAUGGGGUUAAGGACUGGAUUGUGGUGACCAUGUGUAAAAAUUGUCUCCCUGCCCUAGGGAUGUCCAAACGGCCAACUGCGGCCUGCGGUCCAGUUUUUAUUGGCCCGCAGCAAAUUCUGAAAAUAUAAUUGAAUAUGGCCCACACAAGAAGCUUGAGCUCAACUCUGUUGCACUUCUCAGUUUCAACACUAGAGGGAGCCAGCCACGGAAAAGGAGCUUCUCCACUAAUCAAAAUUCAGCAAAGAAAAACCUUUACCCCGAGUCACCAGAAAUGGCAGCACCGAAGAAACGCAAGAUAGCAAGUGAGUGUAGAAGAUUUCAAACACAGUGGGAAAAUGAAUAUUUCUUCAAAGAAAUCAACGGAAAGUGCAUCUGUUUGAUUUGCAAUGAAGAUGUUGCUGUGAUGAAAGAGCAUAAUGACCAUCGGCACUAUGAGACCAAACAUCAGAGCUACUCAUCGUACACCGGUGCUGAACGAACACAGAAAGUCAAGCAAAUGGCAGCUAGCUUGCAAGCUCAACAACAGUUUUUUUUUCAUGCUAGCAAAAUACAGGAAAAUGCCACAACAGCAAGCUAUGAAGUCGCUAAACUUAUUGCCCAGCAUGGCAAACCGUUCUCAGGUGGUGAUUUCAUAAAGCAGUGCCUCAUCAAAGUAACAGAAAUAAUGUACCCCGAAAAAGUGCAGGAUUUCAACAACGUGAGCUUAUCCAGAAAUACAGUAGCGCGGAGAAUUGAGGACUUGUCAGCUAACUUGAAACUUCAGCUGAGAGACAAAGCUUGUACUUUGGAUUUUUUCUUGAUAGCAUGCGAUGAGCGCACAGAUGCCACAGACACCAUGCAGGUGUUAAUUUUUUUGCGAGGAGUAGAUGAUAACUUUUGCUGUACGGAGGAGCUGCUUCAUAUGAUGAGCCUAAAAGGCACAACGACGGGUAGAGAUAUUAUUGAAGCUGUGUCAGAGGCAGUUGAAAAGAUGGGGCUUAAAUGGGACAAGCUCUGUGGAGUAACAACGGAUGGAGCUCUGGCCAUGACGGGCGAACGCAAAAGAAUGGCAUCAAGAGUGUGCGCCAAGGUAAAAGAGAGCGGAGGUGAGACUGUUAGGAUGCACUGUAUAAUCCACCAAGAAGCACAACUACAAAGCUUUAAUGCUGCACACUUCCCUGCGCUGUCUGAAAUCAAGUCUGCUUUCCCAAAAGCCGACCUUUCUGCUAAAAAGGAGAAAUAUGUGUUUGUGAUUGCAUCUCUCGUGACAGAAUUCAACCAGCGUUUCCAAGAUUUUUCUGUCACUGAAAAACAAAUCAAGCUGUUCUCAACCCCUUUCCUGGUGGAUGCAGAAGAAGUGGAAGAGAGUCUGCAGUUAGAACUGAUCGAAAUGCAAUGUGAUGAUUCUCUGAAGAGUCAACAUCAGCUUCUCUCCCUCCCUGACUUCUAUCAGAGUUUGGAUAAUGAACAAACAUUUUCUUUUCUUAAAUCAGAACAAAAGCGGACUGAGAACCAGAAUGACUGAUAGCCACCUCUGUGAAGUCCUUCAUGUCUCAACCACCAAACUUUCUCCUGACAUGUCAGCCAUCCUUCAAUCCAAAGGACAGUAUCACUGCGCCCACUGAGUACAAUGUUCUUCACAUUAUAGAGCUGUCGGUCCGGCCCAGUGCCACUAGCCCUUCGACACAGCGCCCGUGCUGGGUCUUCCCAGCAAAUAUCUGUGUGAUACAGCAGCCUCUGGCCUGGUUGGAAAUCUACAAGUUAACUGACCUUUUCCCCACCUCUUGUCUGUGCCAGAGCCAGAGAAGUAGUAAUACAGCAAGUGGAUUAGACUGGACCAGCUGUACAGGCUGUCUCAGGGCAUCUUACACAAGUAUAUACUGACAUAUUUCUUUGAACACAGUGAAAAUAUGUUUGCUGGAUUAAAACAUUUUGAUUAUAUCUGCGUUAUAUCGAGGCUGAUGUUAUUUACAGUAAUACAAUGAUCCCAUGGGUAAGUCCACGU